AUGCAAGCUUACCCUUGUCCACCAAAUCAAGCAUAUAAUAACCCACAAUAUGGAGGACCUCAACAGCCCUAUAAUUACGCAGUCCCACCCAACAAUUACUGCCCACCACCCCCAAACUAUGGUUAUCCUGCACCACCUUACAACAAUUACCCAGUGGCAGUCAUCCCUCCUGGAAGUUCCUUCAACACGGGAGGAAACUCAAAUGGAUCAGGCAUACAGAAAAAUGGAGAUGUUAAAUUUGGAAACAAAAAGGAGAAAUCUGGGGGUGUCGAUAUUGGUAAGAUUGGUGGAAACCAUGGCAAUAAUGAAGGUGGUCAACAAGUUGCUGGGGACAUUACUUUAGGUGACAUUGGAUGCAAUAGAUGUUAA